GAUCUCAGCAGAGCUGGAUCUCAGCAGAGCCCAGCAGUGGGCAUCUGGGCUAAGCUACGUAGGGCUGCCCCUGGCAGGUGGUGCAGAAUGGAGCUGCGACCCUACCAGUGGGAGGUGAUCAUGCCUGCCCUGGAAGGCAAGAAUAUCAUCAUAUGGCUGCCCACGGGCGCCGGGAAGACACGGGCAGCUGCUUAUGUGGCCAAGAGGCAUCUCGAGACUGUGGACAGAGCCAAGGUGGUGGUACUGGUCAAUAGGGUACACCUGGUGACCCAGCAUCGUGAGGAGUUCAGCCACAUGCUGGGUGGGCGCUGGGCCAUUUCAACCCUGAGUGGGGACAUGGGGCUACGACCCGGCUUUGGCCACCUGGCCCGGAAGAAUGACCUGCUCAUCUGCACAGCUGAGCUGCUGCAGAUAGCACUGACCAGCUCCGAGGAGGACGAGCAUGUGGAGCUCAAUGAGUUCUCCCUACUUGUGGUGGAUGAGUGUCACCACACGCACAAAGACACUGUCUACAACGUCAUCCUGAGCCGGUACCUAGAGCAUAAACUCCGGAGAACACGGCCCCUGCCCCAGGUGCUGGGUCUCACCGCCUCCCCAGGCACUGGCAGGGCCACCAAGCUCGAUGGAGCCAUUGAACACAUCCUGCAGCUCUGUGCCAACCUGGACACGUGGCGCAUCAUGUCACCCCAGAACCACCGCCCCCAGCUGCAAGAGCACUGCCACCAGCCCUGCAAACAGUAUGACCUCUGCCAUAGGCGCAGCCAGGACCCCUUUGGGGACAUGCUGAAAAAGCUCAUGGACCAAAUCCACGACCGCCUGGAGAUGCCCAACUUGAGCCGGGACUUCGGGACUCAGAUGUACGAGCAGCAGGUGGUGGAGCUGAGCCAGAACGCGGCUGAGGCCGGCCUCCAGCAGCAGCGAGUGUUUGCACUUCACCUGCGGCGCUACAAUGACGCGCUGCUCAUACAUGACACGGUCCGCGCGGUGGACGCCCUGGCGGUGCUACGGGAUUUCUACGACAGGGAGCGCACCACCAAGACCCAGAUCCUGCGUGCAGAGCGCUGGCUGCUGGCGCUGUUUGAUGACAACAAGAAUGAACUGGCCCUCCUGGCAACCCAUGGCCCGGAGAACCCCAAACUGGAGAUGCUGGAACAGAUCCUGAAGAAGCAGUUCAGGAGUUCUGGGAGUCCCCGGGGCGUCAUCUUCACCUGCACCCGCCAAAGCACACACUCCCUCCUGCUCUGGCUCCAGCAGCAGCCUGGUCUGCAGACAGUGGGCAUCAGGGCCCAGCUGCUGAUAGGGGCUGGAAACAGCAGCCAGACCAUCCAUAUGACCCAGAGGGACCAGCAAGAAGUGAUCCGAAAGUUCCGGGAUGGUACCCUGAACCUCCUGGUGGCCACGAGUGUGGCAGAAGAGGGACUAGACAUCCCCCAGUGCAAUGUGGUGGUGCGCUAUGGGCUCCUGACCAACGAGAUCUCUAUGGUCCAGGCAAGGGGCCGUGCCCGGGCUGAACAGAGUGUGUACUCAUUCGUGGCAACCCAUGGCAGUCGGGAGCUGCGACGGGAGCAGACCAACGAGGCACUGGAGACCCUGAUGGAACGGGCAGUGGCUGCUGUGCAGGAGAUGGACCAGGCUGAGUAUCAGGCCAAGAUCCGAGAUCUGCAGCGGGCAGCUGUGGUCAGGCGGGCAGCCCAGGCGGCCCAGCAGGAGAGUCAGCGGCAGCAGUUUCAGGCGGAGCUUGUGCGUCUCCUCUGCAUCAACUGCAUGGUGGCCGUGGGCCACGGGAACGACCUGCAGAAGGUGGAGGGCGCCCACCACGUCAACGUGAACCCCAAUUUCUCGAUCUACUACAACGUCUCCGAGAAGCCUGUGGUCAUGGACAGAGUCUUCAAGGACUGGAAGCCUGGGGGUGUCAUUAGUUGCAAGACCUGUGGGGAAGUCUGGGGCCUGCAGAUAAUCUACAAGUCAGUGAAGCUGCCGGUGCUCAAAGUCCGCAGCAUGCUGCUGGAGACGCCACGAGGGCGAGUCCAGGCCAAGAAGUGGGUCCCGCGUGCCCUUCCCUGUGCCUGACUUCACUACGUGCAGUACUGUGCCCAGAGCCUGUCAGACCUCUCCCUGAACUGACCGUCUUGUCACUGCAGUGCCCGGCUCAGGCUGCAGGGGGCGGGAGAAUCCGUAGCAGCCACCAUCUUCCCCUGAGCGAAGCCUGUGUGCAGGUGCCUGAGUCACCAGCUCAGGGCCCCCGUGCUGACCAGCCCCAGAGGAACCCCAGGUGCUGGCGUGGGAACAGGGUGGAGGGAGAACUGAGGCAGAAGAAUAACCACACUGUAGAGUGGUGCUCCCUUGUCCGCUGUUUCGCUUUGCAGUUUCAGUUACCCGCAGUCAAAUGGAGUCUGAAAAUACUAAAUGGAAAAUUCCAGAAAUAAACAAUUUAUAAGUUUUCAAUUGUGCACCCUUCUGAGUAGUGUGAUGAAACCUCGUGCCAUCCUGCUCUGUCCUACUGGGGCUGUGAAUCGUCCCUUUGUUCAGCAUAUCCACACUGUAUAUGCUGCCUGGUUGCCACUUAGUAGCCAUCUAGGAUAUCAGAUCUCGAGGUAUCUCAAUGCUUGUGUUCAAGUAACCCUUUGUAGCCUAACGCUAUGUCCUAAUGCCUACAUCACUCCGCUCACUUCAUCGCAUCACAUAGGCAUUGGAUCAUCUCACCUCAUCGCAAGAAGGGGGAGUACAGGACAAUAAGAUAUUUUGAAAGAGAGACCACAUUUACGUAACUUAUUACAGUAUGUUAUAAUUGUUCUAUUUUAUUACUGUUGUGAAUCUCUUACUGUGCCUAAUUUAUAAAUUAAACUUUAUCAUAGUUAUAUAUGUAUGUAUAGGAAAAAAACACAGUAUAUGUAGAGUUGGGUACUAUCUGUGGGUUCAGGCAUCCACUGGGGGUCUUGGAACGUAUCCCCACGGAUAAGAGGAGAC